GCCUGGCAAGGUCUUCAAGAAGUUCAAGAUGGCGGAAUGAGAAGCAAGCUAUAGACUAGACUACUGCAGAUGCGGAGAUGGCAGGCAUGCAGACUUCCUUAGUCCGACCUCCAUCAGAUUGCUACCAAAUGAUGGAUAUCUGCAUGUCAUCACUUUUGACACUGGGAUCACCGACAACGAACGCCUGCAGCUGAUGCUCAAUGUCGGCCUCAAUCACAUACCCAUGAGGGCUCUAGACAAGGACUAUGUGGUGGGACAACUGGAGGACGUAUUGGACAACCUACUAACGACAAGGAGGUGCGACAUGGAACUAUCCAUGGAGGAAGAAAGGCAAGUGAAGAACGUGGCAUUGGAUAAUAUCAGGCGCCUCAUCAUGGAGUAUCACUUGCGACACAUGCACAUAGCAGCGGAGUCCAUCAACAACGAUGAAGUCAGGAAGGAGAUCGAAUGGUUGACUGGGAGAUACCUAGUCUGCCCAACGGACAAAGCACCCCAUACGCCAACUUUCGUCUGCAUCAACUUCAUUCGAAAGCUGGAACUAGAGCGUUUAUCUGGCCCUGACUUUGUCCCGCUCCAACAACAGCCUGACAAGGUCAGCGCUAGAUUGUUAGCGCAGGCCACGACUUUCGCGUCCGCCAGACACUUCGAGGAUAGAAUGCCGCUACCUCAUUUGAUGACAGUCUACAAAGCGCACAAGGAAUCCUUCAGAUGGAUCACCAAUCCAGCUGGCUCUGUACUUUCUCACAUCGCUGACAUCUACGACUGUCUGCCCAAGUUCCUAGCUGUGGAUGUACAAGCACUAUGUGCCAGUAGAAGUGAUAAGGUAAUGGCGGAGCAUGACGUAAGGCCUAACUAUUGGUGGCCUAUCACGUCACUGAGGGAGUUUGUGGCCAACCUCCCGCAAAAUGUGUACUCCAUCUAUGCCGACAACAUCACACGAUGCUUCGAGGCCAUACCAACGGACAACUCAGACAAAGGAUUAAUCUCCGUGAUUAGAUUCUUCGUGCAAACAACAAUGGAAUGAAGGAGAUCGAUAACCGCGAGAGACGUCGUCGCCAUCACUAUUGCCGCUAACGAUUCACUACAUCCCAACUG